AUGUCGUCACGAGGCUCAUGGCCUUCCAUAGAUUUAAAUCGAAAUUCUUCUUCCAGGGGUUAGUUUUUUUCAGAAAUUUUAAAAAAAACAAGUUUUUUCCGGGAAUUUGGUGAUUCCCUUUUUCAUCUCCGAUUCAUACUCACAAAACUUUUUGCAGCCGAUGACCUUCCGCCACAGCCACGUCGCCUCGAGGUCGUCUCCAAACAGGCGACCCGCGUGACGGCGCUCUCCACGAAAUUGGAGUGGAAGAUCGAACAGUUUGAGAAGCUUAUGAAGCUGGUGAAGAACGGAUCGAACCUGAUUUCACGAAUGUUCAGUGUGCCAGACGCGCCCACAGUCUGCUGGGAACUGCAUGUUUAUCCGAACGGAAAACGAGAAGAGGACAUGAACAACGUGUCGUUUUUUCUUCGACAAGUCGGUCUAUCGGUGAGUUCUUUUUCACUUUACGCCUAAUUCAGUGCAUUUUUCAGAGAGGAGAAGAGCCGAUAAUGACAGAAUUUCAAAUUUACGCCCUGGAUCAAAAUAGUCAACGAGUCAGCGUUUGCCGAGAUACAAAAGACUUUACAAAUCAGCAAGGACGAGGCAAAUUCCAAGUGACACGAGACAAAAUGACGGGCGCCCUACGCUCGGACGGAACUCUUUUCCUAAUCUGCGAAGUCGAAUACUUUCCGCCCGGCUCGAAGAUAUCCGUGGAGCCGGUGGAAGAGGAAACGAGCUUAGAAGAGCAAGAAGAAUUGCCGGAAGUGAUAGUACGCUCGAACAAUCGGAAUAUGUGGGAGGAGGAGUUGUUCACGGACUGCGUCAUCCACGUCGGAAACAAGUACAUCAAGGCGCACCGCUGCAUUCUCGGACAGAAUUCGCCCGUCUUCAAGAGCAUGUUCUCGUCGCCGAGCAUGAUUGAGGCGCAACGCGGAGAGAUUCACAUCGAGGACGCCAAAUACGAUUCGGUGAGAGCCAUGGUCGAGUUCAUGUACACGGGAGCCACGGAGCAGCUCGAAUCGCAGGGAAAUAUCGAUGAGAUUCUCGCUAUCGGUAAGUGAAUUUUCAAAACAAUUCCUCAAAAUUUGUGGAUUUUCAGCUGACAAGUACGAAGUUCUCUUGCUGAAGGACCAAUGCGAACGCCUGAUCGCCCAGACGAUCAGUCUGAAGAACGUGACCUCGAUUGCCAUGUUCUCCGACACCUACACUGCCGACUACCUCAAGUCGGCUGUGAUACGAUUCCUGACGGGCCACCAUCGCACCGUCAUGAAAAGUGCGGAAUGGAGUGUUCUGAAGAAGUCGCGGCACGAACUGGCGAACGAGCUGCUCGAGGCGGUGCUCGCCAGGAACCCGGAUAACGGAGACGGCGCUGGAGCUGCCCGUGGCCAGAGCCCCCAGCCAGCGAGAAAACGGCUCCGUCGCGGCGGUGCCAAGUAA